AUUUUGCAAGUGGGGUUUCAAACUGAAGGAUUAGCCAAGUCCUCUGUUCAUCUUCUCCGAGCUCUCUCCUUCACGCAAAUUUUAUUUUUUUCUCGCAUAAAUUCCAUCUUCUCUUCAAGUUUCAUCCUGAGCACCAUGUCAUCACCUACUGUCGGCACUCCAGUAUCUGGCAUCAGAAUAUCAUCCGUGGUCCCUGGGAAGGUGACCGGCGACGACGUGGAUUAUCCAUUGGCAAAUAUGAGCUUGGCCUUGAAGCUUCACUACAUUAGAGGUGUGUACUUCUUCUCAGCUCAAGCAGUUGAAGGUCUCACUAUCUCUGACUUGAAGAAGCCAAUGUUUCCGUGGCUAGCUUUCUUCUACACCUCCUCAGGGAGGAUUCGGAGAUCUGAAACAGGCAGACCUUUCAUCAAGUGUAACGAUAGCGGUGUACGGAUUGUCGAAGCAUUCUGUGACAAAACCAUAGAAGAGUUGCUGGAAGUGGAAAGGAAUGAGGAUCGUCAUUUUUCUGUGGAUAGCUUCCUUGCUCAUGAUCAAGUUCUUGGUCCUGACUUAGGAUUCUCUCCCCUCAUCUAUAUUCAGUUUACUCGGUUCAAGUGUGGAGGCAUGUCCGUGGGCCUUAGCUGGGCUCAUGUUCUUGGCGAUCCAUUUUCAGCUUCAACAUUCAUCAACAUGUGGGGCCAAUACAUGAAAGGCCAUGUCCCACUGCCUUCCAAGUCUCUGCACAUGCCACCCCACAAGGAACCCGAAUACCCACUUUCAACCGCCAUCAGGGAACCAUUUUCCCUCAAACGGGUUGACCCAGUUGGAGACUACUGGCUAACAACCAAUAACUGUAAAAUGGAAACUCACUGUUUCCUUUUCACCGCAAAACAGCUAGACAACAUAGUAUCAAACAUUUUCGAUCUAGUCCGGCCGGUAAAGAUCUCCCACUUUGAAAUAAUCUCUGCAAUGAUAUGGAAAUCUUUAUCCAAGGUCAGGGGAGAUUCAGGGCCAAAAAUUGUGACAAUUUGUACAAGAAACUCUUGCACCAAUGAAUCCGAUGGAAACGAAGUACCAAGCAACAAAAUGGUGUUUAGCAUUGUUAGAACAGAUUUCCACCCUGCGAAAGGCGAUUUACAUGAAUUGGCAGCAUUGAUUGCAGAUAAACAAGAAGAGGAAAACAGUCUGAUUGAAGAAGCAGUUGACAGCGGCAAUGGAGAUUACAUAGCAUAUGGAACAAAUUUGACAUUUGUUAGCUUGGAAGAAGCAGAUAUUUAUGGGCUAGAAUUGAAAGAACAUAAGCCUGUUUUUGCAUAUUAUACCAUCAAAGGUGUUGGUGAUGAAGGAGCUGUUCUUGUGCUUCCUGGGAAAAGUAAUGGCAGUAGGGCAGUGACUGUGAUUCUGCCGGAGAGUCGACUUGCUGAUUUAAAGAAUGAGCUCAGGAAGGAAUGGGGUAUCGUCUAAGAAAACGAAGUCAUAUGCCCAAAAUCCUUCGCCAAAAUUCUCGUAUGUAAUGGCCUUUGCUGCAAUUAUAGGGUGAUAAAAAGAUUGAGCUGUGAAUGAUUUGUGAUGGGAUAAGUGAUGAUAUUAUGAUAUCGAAUAAAUUGGUUUAUUAACUCAA